AUGUCUGAUAGUCCAGGAUCGCGAGACAAGAUCCGUAAACUUGUCACGCGCAAGAAGGAGCAGGGGAGAGGGUCGAAAAAGGACGCUCCAUCCCAUGCAGUGAGGGCACUUGCAUCCUCAUCACGACUUGGAGCUUUUAUGGGACCGAAUCUCCUUUCAAGGACUUCACCAUCGCCAGGGAUUUCGGAGGCCGGACAUGCCUCUCUUUCUCAGCCGCGGCAAACACCACAUGGCACAACAACCUCGACCUCGGAAACCUGCGGUCAAUUUCCUGUCGCGAAGAACACGAGCCACCAAAAUAGUCACACUGCCCCAGCUGUGUCGAGUGAGUGUUCGACCCACGAUGAUGGGUCCACAUCACCAAAAACUGGCCGGGAACAGGCCCCCGAUGAACAAGAGGAAGCCAUGCGAGAGUUGUGGCAGGCCGCCAUUGGGGAGAUCAAGGAUUCGCCCUCGAAAGAUGAUCAGAAGCUGGCUGAAGUUGUUGAGUCCUUAAUCGUGGAUGGAGAGGAUGCUAGGGAGCCCAUGACCAUAAACGACUUGGCUGGUUUUAUUAGCAGGCUUGAACAGGAGAUGAGGCACGAAGGGAUCAAGGGCAAAAUAUCCGACAUUUUCCAGAGAGCUAUUCCCAUCCUGAACAAAUUUGCUAUUGUGGGUGACGUUGCUGUGAGCUGCAACCCGAACCCGGCCGCGCUCCCCUGGGCCGCAGUUAGAUCCAUCCUUCUGAAUCUGACUGCUGGGACGGAAAUUAGGAUCAAGGUUGUGGAAGGCAUCGCCAAAAUCACUGCGCUGUUCUUCCAAUGCACUCAGUACCAGGGAAUCUAUAUGACUUCCGAUCCCUCGCUUGCUCCCCAGGCACCGGCUCGUAACGCAAUUAAUCACCUGAGGACCGCAAUCGUCGAGGCGCUCGCUCAGUCCAUUCGAUUUCUUUCAUAUGCACUCCAUCGGCAACGGCAAAAGAGUCGGGCAGUCACAGCCGCCUUCAGUUUGUCGGAUGUCGUGAGCUACUUGGGAGAUCUCGAUACCGCUGGGAAGCGCCUCUUUGAAGCUGGUGAUAACUGCGAGAAGCACUGCAAUGUGCAGAACCGGGCAACGGUCCAGGAUAUGCACAGGUUGAUCGUGGAAAUGGGCCAGGCAUUGAAAGAUGCGAGUGCACAGGAAACCUUCCCCAAGGAACUCGAGAAGCUUCUCGUGGCCCAGGGGGCCGCAUUCGAUGACAUAGACAACCAAGAUGAUGCCACCUUCUGCUACGACGGAACUCGAACAACUCUCCUCCAGGAUGUAUACAAGUGGAUACACGACUCUCAAGCUCCUAGUACGUUCUGGUUGAGCGGCCUCGCCGGCACGGGCAAGUCGACCAUUUCUCGCACCAUCGCUCGCCAACUCCAGCGUAAAGGACUUGGCGCUACCUUUUUUUUCAAGAAAGGACGCGACGGUCGAAGUGAGGGCAAGCGCGUUUUCGGCACCAUCGCCUACCAACUUGCCCUCAACUUUCCCUCACUACGCCCUCACAUCUGCGGGGCGAUCAAGGCCGAGCCGACCUCAGUCAACGCAUUCAUGGACAUCCAGUUCCAGAGACUGAUUCUGGAUCCUCUGGACAAGCUUCGAGACCAAGAGAGACCGGAGGCGUUGGUGAUCGUGAUCGAUGCCCUUGAUGAGUGCGAUAACGAAAAUCACCGGGAAACCAUGAUUCGGCUGUUGACGAAAUCCAAGGCGAAAUUCUUCAAGGUAUUCAUCACCAGCAGACCAGAGUACGACAUCAAGACACAUUUUACCAUGGUCCAUGGCGAAUACCAGGACUUGGUUCUCCAUCGUGUGGCAAGGAAAAUUGUUGAGCAAGACAUUCGUGUGGUCUUGAGGAGUGAUCUGGAUGGUUUCAGGGCCUUCUGGAACAAAACUAGUCACAAGAGCAGCGUACUGCCCGAUGGCUGGCCAGGGCUCGAGAGGCGCGAAGCACUCGUCCAGAUGUGUACGCCCCUCUUCAUUUCUGCAGCUACAAUCUUGAGGGUUCUCAAAAGCCGUUAUCCCCUAGGGAAAAGCCCGGAGUGGAAGAUCGAUAGCAUGCUUAAGUCCAAGUUUUCGACGAUGGGGGACCCAUACGCCCAAUUAUACGGCCCAGUGUUGAAAGCAAUGCUCGGCGACGUUGCUGGCGAAGGCGUGGGCAUGUGUAGCGAGGAUCUAGAUGAUUUCAAGGCCAUCGUGGGGGCAAUCAUACUCUUGGCCGACCCCCUCUCGAUAGACUCUCUGGCAGGUCUCCUUGGCAAAGGUCCCAUGGACAUUAAGAGCCAGCUCGAUCCACUGCAUUCAGUCCUAGACAUCCCAGACGGAGACAGACCGGUCAGACUGUUCCAUUUGUCGUUUCGGGACUACCUCCUGGGUGGAUCGGCCGGUCAGUUCCAGGUCGUGGAAGCAGAUGUGCACGGCGUUCUGGGUGCGCGCUGCUUAGAGCUCAUGUCGACAUACCUCAAGGAGGACAUUUGCGAGCUCAAAUGGCCCGGGGAGAGCUGCCCCGACAAGGACACAAUCAACGCACAUCUCUCUCCGGAGGUCCAAUACACAUGCCGUUACUGGGUCUAUCAUACCACGGAAAGCGGAAAGCGCUUGCGAGAUGGCGACAAGGCAUGCACAUUCUUUCAACAACAUUUCCUCCACUGGUUGGAGGCUCUGACGCUCAUGGACAAAGUGGCUGAGUCCACGGAGAUGAUCAACAACCUGCAAAGCGUCAUUCACGACACCGAGGGCAAAGAGUUUUCAAGGCUUCUCCACGACGCAGGGCGGUUUAUCCUGUAUUUCCGUGUGGGGUUCGUCGAGACACCUCUGCAACUCUACGUUUCAGGUCCAGUGUUUACACCGACUGAGAGCACUAUCCCCCAUGGACGGCGAUAUCCUGAAUGGAUCACGCGGCGGCCUGUGACGGAUCUCAAAUGGACGCCCUGUUUGCAGACCCUUGAGGGCACGGCGGCGGACGUGCGCCCGAUAUUCUUGGCAGAUGGCCGGCUUGUCUCGGUAUCAUCACAUUUUAAGCGUCAGAGUGUGCAGAUUUGGGAUCCAGCUUCAGGGUCGUGCCUUCGAACGCUACCAGAAAAUGGAAUUACCGCACUAGCCUGUUGGGGUAACACUCGACUCGUUAGUGGGAGCCCCAGCGGAGAGAUCAAGACGUGGGAUCUCAGAGACGGCACUUGCCUACAAACAUUUCGAUAUGGCGACAGCGUGCGUAUAAAGGAUCUCGCGUUCUCUGACGAUGGCAAACAUUUCUGCGUCACACUACAGAACAUGGACAGGGUCAUUGUGGUGGAUAUCUGCGAUUCCGAGAAAUGCCAGGUCAUACGAAGGUUGGAUAUCUCAAUAUCAGACCUGUUCACCUUUUCGGGAUAUGGCCAGUUCAUUGCCACUCGAAGCGAAAAGAAAGACAGAUGCCGACUCUCACGGUGGGCGGUCACUGGGGACGUCGAGUGGCGGGAGCUGCAGAACGCUGGAACCAAUUGGCUCAAAACCCUUGCAUUCUCAGCGGAUGGGAUAUUGCUCGCUGGGAUGAAAGAAGAUUCCAUCACGGUGUGGAACACUGAAACACGGGAAUGUGUGCAUACCCUCCCAAUACCCUCCGGCUUCCAUUUCAUGCGUCCGAUAGCCGUGGCAACGAAUUGGUUGGCCGUGUCCACAGAUUCGCGCCCCGCAGGCAUUUACAAGUUGAACACCGCGCCUGGGGAGUGUCAAUUCUUUAGCUUUGACAACCGAGGAUUUCAGUCUCAAGCUAUAUCAGUCGACGGGAAACUCCUUGCAGGCACGAGCAGUCACGAAUUCAACCCAAUUCAGCUCUUGGACACGGCUGCGCUGGCCCUAAACGCAGGACCAAAACUCAACCGCCGUGACAUCAGUUCUGUAGCCUUCGUGUCAGCUUCGAACCUUGUUCUAUCCAUCAUAACAGAAGGCGACGUCGAAGUCCGGGAUGCCUUGUCUGGCGUUUGCCAAGGUCUGCUGCAGGCUGGGGGAGAUAUACACGAAGUCGCCGUUGCCGAGAGAGCGCCUGUGAUCGCAUUGAUCGAAUACGACUAUUCUGGUAAAUGUGUGUCCCGGAUUUGGAAUUUGGACUCGAUGAGCUGCAUGCAGACGUUUGAAUGGGAAAAUCGAUCCCACCGGAUGACGGUGCAAGGCCUGUUGACGAUUUCACGCAACGGCGAGACAAUCGCGGCUUGGACGCCAUCAUCUAUUCUGCUUUGGCAUCUAACAUCAACAUCCAGCCGCCACCAGGAAAUCCCUGUUGUCGCCACCAAGGGGGAGAUUGUUUCCUCAUGUAUCUCUCCAGGAGGUGACCGAAUCGCCGUCGCCGUGGAAAACGACAUGGAGCAGAAACUUCACGUCGAGAUCUUGAUCUCGUCAACGGGCAAACCCUCAGUCAUAUUGACAAGUUGUAGUUUCCUCAAACAGGCCGGUGAGCGCAGGAUUCUCUUCUCGCCCAGUGGGGACCGGGUUGCUUUCAUAAAUGAAUCCCAGGCCAGAAUAUGGAGCGUACCAACAGGCCAAUGCUUAUGGAAGACCGGGAGCGCUCCCUGGAACUUGGACAUUCGCCCAAGUUUUUUGAACUUGGAGCUGGAAUGCCCCCUGGGUCAAGGUCUCCCAGUGCCGCAGCAACUGGAAGCUUGCCUAGAUUACUGGAUUUCUGAUGAGGGCUGGGUUCUGAAGGGUGGGCGCAAGCUUAUGUGGUUGCCCCCGGAUUAUCGGCCGGCGAAUAAUUUUGGGCACCUUGCUGUCCGUAUAUUAGGCUCUACCAUAGUCAUCGGCACCAACUCGGGUCGGGUCGACAUGAUACGAUUUGAGUUGGAGGACUAG